UUUGAUCCCUGCAUUAGUGUUAGUUAGGGGCUCGGAGACACACUUACACAGAGAGCAGCCAUAGUCAAGACACGGCAACAACAACAGCACAGAACCCUCCUCCUCCCGUGGUCCUAUACCCAACAAUACACUUUAAACCGCGAGGACAAGCCAGGUAUACAGUUCCUGCCAUCACUCUCGCCUACAAUCUCAAUGGGAAAAAACCUUUUUUCUUCUUAUCCCUAAAACAAGGAGGAGAAUGUGACAAAAAGGGGGAAAAUGCCAAGGAGGAAGCAGGAGCAACCCAAACGCCUGCCUUCACAUGUGGACAGCGUCGAGGAGGGUGGGCCCGACGGGGUCUGCUUUCCCGUGGAGGACGACGGCGGCGUUGGCGGCGGUGGCUGGUACGGGAACGCUUCCGACACGCGCUCCGAGUCGUCGUACAGCGGCGACAUCCAUGACGACCAUGAGCUGUUCCUCCACGGGGGCUCCUCCCCCACCCCCUCCCCAGACCGACCUCCGGAACACCCCGACACCUCGACCGAGAGCUCCCUGGGGGGCUGCCCUACGCCUGUCCACAGCCACCACCACCGGGCCUCCCUUGAGCUCCUGAGCCUGGGGGUGGACGGAGGGGUGUUCUCUGCCCAGGAUACCCUUUCCUCCGUGGUAUCCUCGCUCUAUGGAGAGGCUGCCUCCGAGGCCCUGGGGAAACCCCUGAGUAGUAACCUGCGGCGCCUCCUAGAGGCUGGGUCGUUGAAGCUGGAUGGGGAUCUUCUGGGGAGAGUGAGAGGAGGGGGAGGAGAGUCGCCCCCUAUAGGCUUAGCUCCAGCCCUGACCCUCUCCCCCUCCUCCCAUCAUGCUCAGCAGCUAAGUGCCCUUGCCCGAAAACUGGCAGCCAAUAACAACAACAACAACAGUGGAGGCUCCGCUUCGGCCUCGCCCGCCUCUGUUGCCAUGUCGACCACCACCAUCAAGCAGGAGCCCUGCGACCCAUUCGCCUCGGUGGUCGCCCCGAGCAAUGGCGCUGGCUUUGUGUGGGUGGGAGUGGCCGGUGACGGGAAGUGGCCCCCGGCAGGUUGUUCCUCCUCCAGCGGUGGGUCCAGCCUAUCACCGGACUCGGCCAUCCAGAAACUGAAAGCGGCAGCCAACGCGGUUUUACAGGACAAGAACGCCACCGUAGUGGCCUCGUCUACUUCCUCUUCAUCAUCCUCCUGCUCUACCGUACCCACCCUGGGAGGAGGAGGAGGGAGCCGGGGAGGAACGGACGACUCGGUACGCUUCGAUGCCUUCACCUCCCCCUUCAGCCCUCAGUCGGCCAGCUCCACGCUAGCCGCCCUGUCCAAGAAGGUGAGCGAGCGCUCCCAGACCACCUCCUCAUCAUCAGACCACCAACACCAACCCUCCCCCGGCUCCUCCUUCCUCUCCCUGGUCUCUAUGACUUCCUCGGCUGCGCUCCUCAAGGAGGUGGCAGCCCGGGCGGCAGGGAACCUCCUUGCUGAUAAGAUGGAGGCCCCAGCAGGAGGAGGGGCCAUCCAGGAGGACAUCAAGCCCCUGCUGGACAGGAACCAGAAGGCAGGGACCCCCACAGGGCCCCAGAGCACCAUGGACCUGCUGCUGCCCUCCACCCCUAAGGGAAGGGCCAAACCCAGCAGCCAAGCAGGUUCCCCAGGGGAGGACGGCGGGAAGCCGUUCCAGUGUCCGGUGUGUGGCCUGGUCAUCAAGAGGAAGAGCUACUGGAAGAGACACAUGGUGAUCCACACCGGCCUGAAGAGUCACCAGUGUCCCCUGUGCCCCUUUCGCUGUGCCCGCAAAGACAAUCUCAAGUCCCACAUGAAGGUCCACCAGCAUCAGGACCGGGGCGAGACGUUCCAGUGCGAACUUUGCCCUUUCACCUCCUCGCGCCACUUCAGCCUCAAGCUCCACAUGCGCUGCCACCAGCACUUCCCCCGCUCCGGGUCCGCCUCCGACGGGGUCAAGGUCAAGGAAGAGGCCACCACGGACACAGAGGGCGAGGGGUCACUCAUGGGUGAUUACAACCCCGGGGAGUCCCCUCUCCAGUCAGACGCAGGGAACCAGAGCUCCCCUGGAGUCUCUAACCACCACGUCUAUAUAAAAGAAGAGCCCCAGGAGAGGGAGCUGUCGGUGCUGUCGCCCUUCACCCUUUGCAGGGACAGGGAACGGGAGCGGCCUGGUAGCAGUGGCAACUCCCUGGACCUCUCUAUGGAGGGAGUCGGCUUGGGGGUGCGGUCAAGUCCUGGUGGAGGUCCAACGGCGGCGUCCCUCUUCAGCCCGGACAUCACCACCAAGACAGCCACCGACCUGCUCAUGAAGCUCUCAGCGGCCAACCAGAAGGAAGCCCUGAAGGCUCCACAGUCCUUCCAUCUGAAGCAGGAACCCCGGGCAGAGGAAGAGGAGGAAGAGGUGCGGAGGAGCCCCCGGAGCCAGCCCAGCUACUCCUCCUUCUACCAGGAGCAGGGCGCGGCGCUGGGGGCCACAGGGCCAGCAGAGGUCACAACAGACAGUGGGAGCCACAGGGGGACCCUGAAGAGACGGGAGGGAAGCCCCAUGGGGAACAAGAACAGUCUCCUCAGCCAGGACAUCAACUUCAAGGUGGCGUCGGAGCUGCUGAUGAAGCUAUCAGAAAGCAACAAGGACGCCGCCCACUACCAGAAGAUGACGGUGAAGGCAGAACCUAUGGAGGUGGACCCGGCCAGCGGCCCGGCCCUGCCCUCUUCUCACCUGCUGGCCUUCAGCACUUUAGGGCCUUGUGAGAAGAGCGAGCCAAUGGCCAGCCUCCCUGAGGCGUUGUCCCGCCCCCAGAAGCAAGACCUCUUCUCCCAGGACAUAUCGGUGAAAAUGGCCUCCGAGCUCCUCUUCCAACUCUCAGAAAAAGUCAGCAAAGCCAACGACCACAAAGACAGCAACAUGGUGGGCAUAAGCAGCCCCUUCCUGGAUGAGCGUUUCAGACAAUCCCCCUUCAGCCAGCGCUCCAAGUCCUCCUCCCCCGCAGAGGCCAGCUCCUCUGCUAGGACAGACCUCCACGACCCAGAGAAGGACACUGGAGAGCCGGGGGGGAACGGGAUGUCCCAGGGGAUACUGAGCAGUCAGCACCUCUACCCCUGUCCUGUAUGUGGCAAGGUGUUUGGCAGACAGCAGACCCUGUCCAGACACCUGUCUCUACACACAGAGGAGCGAAAGUAUACGUGUCACCUGUGUCCUUAUGCAGCCAAGUGCAGAGCCAACCUCAACCAGCACCUGACCAUCCACUCUGUCAAGCUGGUCAGCACCGACGCAGAGCAGAUGGUCAGCGCCGUCACCACCGCUGAGGGACGAGACGGGAAGACCUUCCCCUAUUACUACAGCUGCCAUGCGUGUGGUUUCCAGACGGGGCUGAACGCCCAGUUCGUCAGCCACAUGUCUCUCCACGUGGACAAGGAGCAGUGGAUGUUCUCUCUGUGCUGCAGCGCCUGUGACUACGUCUGUGUGGAGGAGAGUGACAUGAAGUCCCACGUCAGUCACGGACACACAGGUCUGAACUCGCGGAGCCCCCUCAGUGAGACUAAGAGCACCUCCUCCUCCCUGUCGGCCCUCAGCGAUUCGCUGAACAGCUCAGAGGGUGGAGAACUUACCCAUGCCAAUGAGGAGCUCAAGAACCUGCUGGCCCCUCCCUCCUCUGCAGGCAGCCAAUCCAGCUCCAGCAGCCACUCGGGAUCAGGAACUGAAGAGAAGUCUGAGAAAGGCUUCGAGUGCGUCUUCUGCAACUUUGUGUGCAAGACGCGGACCAUGUACGAGCGCCACCUCCAGAUCCACCUGAUCACGCGCAUGUUCGAGUGCGACGUGUGCCACAAGUUCCUGAAGACGCCCGAGCAGCUGCUGGAGCACAAGAAGUGCCACACCGUCCCCACCGGAGGGCUCAAGGUUUGUGAAGCGCUUUGGGGCCCAGAGCAGAUGAAUGGUGCUAUUUAAAUGUGCCCCGUCUGCAUUUAUUCCACCAAUCGACCGGCGGCCAUGGAGUGCCACCUGAAGACCCAUUACAAGAUGGAGUACAAGUGUCGCAUCUGCCAGUCGGUGUGGUGCGACCAG